CCCGGAACUGCAACCGACGUGACACUUGAACUUGGUGUAUACGGUAAUGGGUAGUUCACGUUUGUGCCGAAAGCUAUUGUUGCAACAAAUUAUUUAAACUACAAGCAGCAUUUAAUGGAAAUAAAAGGUUAAAAACAAGCGCGCGUUACAAAUGACUUUAUGCCAAUUUGGGAGUGAAAAGACGAAACAAUCGCUCGUUAAGAAGCUCGCGGUCUCGUUGGGUGAUAAUCGCUCGUGCAGUAGUGCAGUAAAGCAGAAAUGGAGUCCCAGCAGGAAGUGAACCCCGUAUUCCUGCAGCAGCUCAGAGAGUUGGACAUACCUGAGGAGGCAGCCAAACAGGCACUCUUGCACACACAGAAUGUGUCCGCUGAGGAAGCUGCAAUGUAUUACUUCAACAAACUAGAGAAUGAGGAAGAGGGUGAUGAGGACAUGAUGUUCAAAAUGGUGUUUGUUGUUAAUAUGGAGCUGUCCAUGGGUGUGGGGAAGGUGGCAGCACAGGUGGGUCACGCUGCAGUGGGUUUGUAUCAGGCCUUGCAGGAGAAAAACAGCUGGAGGGAAAUGGCCUGGAGAUGGGACCAUGCUGGAGCGAAGAAGAUUGUGUUACAAGGCACUAACAUGGCGCACCUUUUGGAGUUGCAGGCUCUCGCUAUGAGCCUCAGUCUUCCCACAAAGCUGGUACAGGAUGCUGGACACACACAGGUGGAGCCGGGUUCAUGCACCGUGCUUGCCAUCAUAGGAGAAGAGGAGAUGGUGAAUAAUGUCACAGGCAGUCUGAAACUGCUUUGAGGAAACUACCGUAAUGCCGAGGAAAACUCUUCAAAAGUGUAGGUUUGUGAUGUACCACAGAAAGAACAGGGGCCAGUAGCAUGGUUUUCCUCACGGUAACGGGGCACUCAGUAAUUUUUUGUUUAUGUUGUAAUGACUUACACUGACACCUAACAAUGUGGAUGCAACGUUUUCUGUUACCGAUACCUAGGGGUGGGUUAUAUACCAUUAUAAUUUUGUUAAUCAGUAUAACUAUGUGUAUGGUUUUUAUUGUGGUUAUGCCAAUUUUCCCUGCAGUUCUGAAACUCCUGCACCACCACAACAACAAAAAACCCACAGUUUGUUCCAGCUGUAAAUGGGAGUUCACACGUGUUAAGAUUUACAAACAAUACAUGCAUUUCAGCUUUCACUUUCUCAUCAUAAACAGUGGGGAGUGAAUAUAUUAAACUAAAUUAUAGGGCUAUUGAGAAUUUGACGUAGUCACUAAAAGGGUAUCUUUAGGGAAAAGAAAAGAUCAUCUUACUAAACCUACUUAACCUGUACUGUUCAUUCAUCGCCUGCCGUAAAAACAAGACAAAGAUGAUGUAAUCAAUAAAACACUAUAUUUUAAGUUUCUUUGCAGUAUUAAUGAUAAAAACAGAUCUACCAUUGCUUGAAAAUUGGAUUCAUGAAGAUUGUUCAUUUUUAAUAAGUAGUUUUCAUGAAAACUGUAUAUUGUGAUGUAUAUUGGUCUCAAUAAUAUUGUUACAUUUAUGCUUGUAUUGCACAUUCCUACCAAUAGCGUUGUAGAAAUGCAGAGCUAGCCAUGAUUUAUUUAUUGCUCAAUCAAAACGGGGUAGGAGGUGAAUUACAGAGAUAAAAUGAGUAGAAUUUGACUGCUAAUGCAACCCACAUAUUACUGUCAUCGUCGCAUAGAAGUCUGUGGUUUAAGACGUUUCUUUUAAAUAUUACCUUUACAUUUAUUUUGUACAGCUUUUUAAUGAAGGAAGAAAUUACUGAGUGAACCUGCGGAAAAAAACACCACCUACAUACAGUAGUUUAACACAGCGGUUAUGUUUAAAUGAAUAAUAUGAGAAGACAACUAACUGAUAUUAUCAACAGGUCCCGAAAUUUCUAUAGAGCUAAAAAAAAAAAAAAAAAACAAAUCUUCCUCAAAGAGAUGUCAAUUAAAUAGCAGUGUGUAAAAAAUGUAUAAUGAAUUAUAAUCACAUGCAAGUGUUAUACUUAAUGUGCCUGUAGAACCCUGAUGUUUCGAUGAUUGUGAAAUCAAAUAGCCAUUGUCAAAGUAUACUGUAUAACAUGUUUCUUCUUUUUUAUUGUGGGGAUAUUUUUUAUUGUUUACAAUUAAAUGUACCCAAUCCCUUUGUGAUGAUAAA